GUUAACCGUAUUGGGCGGAGCCGGCGCAGCCGACGCGAUUUCUUGAACACUGCCUCCCUUGCUCCGUACCCCUUACAACUGCACGAUCAGUUUACCAAAAGAAAAUUCCAAUGCCAGCCGUUCCAGCAAAACGAAAGACACAUUCGAAGUCAAGAGCAGGCUGCCUGCAAUGCAAGAAGAGACACACGAAGUGUAAUGAGAAGCACCCGCAGUGUGCGAACUGCAUUCGGCUGGACGUGAAAUGCGAGUGGCCUCCUCCACAGCUCAAGGUUCAGACUGUAUCACCAAGUUCCGAGCCCAGUGUUGCAUCUCGAAAUGACUCAUUUAGUAUAAGCUAUCGACCGACACAUGCGGUUGGAGAGGGUCCAGCUUUCACUCUCGAAGAUAUGCAAUUGCUACACCACUGGACAACUAAAGUGUACUUGUUCCAUGAUGCUAGCGUUGAAGAAGACCGAAGGCUUUGGAGUGAAGGUGUAGUCGAGCUUGGUUUCCAACACCCCUUCCUUCUUCAUGGGCUUCUUGCACUUGCAGCGUUGCACAAAACGCUGGUUGAUCCGUCGGGGAAACGUGCCAGCCUGCUUGCGCAAGCUGAUGCGCACAUGUCUGCCUCCCUCGCGACUUAUCUGCGGUUGAUCGAGGAAUCGGCAACAGAGACCGUGGUCCCUUGUUUCAUCCUUUCUUCAGUUUUUUUCGCAUACAACCUUGCUAGUGCCCAGGUUGAGGAGCCCGAGGAUCCGUUUGAUGCCAUUCUACAUUGCUUUCGCUUGCUUCGCGGAGUCAAAGUUGUCAUUGGCCAGCACUGGGAGCAGCUUCAGCAGAACGAUAUCAUUUACAAUUUGCUCACCCCUGUGCGUACCUUGGAAGAGAUGCACCUUCCCGAGGAAACGACAUGUGUUCCUCUCCUUGAAUUGAGGCAACUUGCAGAACAAACGGAUUCGCCACAGCGUGAAAUAUGCUUAGUAGCGAUCGAGGAUCUUCACAAGAUAUUCGUAAAGACAACUCUGUGUUCCACAGUGAGGGAAGAACACAGUAUCGUCAUGACCUGGUACGUUGUGCAUGGUCCGAUCAUCGGUGCAAAACGACAAUGCUUAAUAACUAAAUAGGCCGGCAAAGGUUACCACCGAA